UCACCACAUAACACCAAAGUCCCAUCUCUUGAAAACAAUCAUUUCAAAGUAUCUUCUCUCUAGUCUUUUUUCUUUUUUCUUUUGAGCAAUGUCUUCUUCUGCAAUGUCUCUCCAAUCUAUCUCCAUGACAACUCUCAACAAUCUCUCAUGUAAUCAACAAUUUCAUCAAAGCUCUCUUCUUGGUUUCUCUAAAUCCUUUCAAAAUCUUGGUAUUUCAUCUAAUGGUCCAGAUUCCUCCACUAGAUCAAGUUUCACUCCCAAGAAGAAGCUCACUCCUACUCGAGCUCUCUCCCAGAACUUGGGAAAUACCGAAAACCCCAGACCAAGUAAAGUUCAAGAACUAAGCGUGUACGAAAUCAACGAUUUAGAUCGACACAGCCCAAAAAUUCUUAAAAACGCAUUCAGCUUUAUGUUCGGUCUCGGAGAUCUUGUCCCAUUCACAAACAAACUCUACACCGGCGAUCUCAAGAAACGCGUGGGCAUCACGGCAGGUCUCUGCGUCGUCAUCGAACACGUCCCGAAGAAAGGUGAAAGAUUCGAAGCUACCUAUAGCUUCUACUUCGGAGACUAUGGCCACUUGUCCGUUCAAGGACCAUAUUUGACUUACGAGGACUCGUUCCUCGCUAUCACUGGUGGCGCUGGAAUCUUUGAAGGUGCGUACGGACAAGUUAAGCUUCAACAGAUUGUGUAUCCGACAAAAUUGUUCUACACUUUUUACCUUAAAGGGUUGGCUAAUGAUUUGCCGCUGGAGCUCACCGGAACGCCAGUACCGCCGUCUAAGGACGCGGAGCCAGCACCGGAAGCUAAGGCGCUUGAGCCCAGCGGAGUUGUAAGCAACUUUACAAAUUAGUGAAUAAAAUUAGUCUUAUCUU